AUGUCUGGCGUCGAGAGUGAGCCGCCGCAGAUCGACUCCAACCCGGACCACAACUUACAAUCAGAGCCCCUCUCGGAAGAUGAGGCUGAGGCUAGCGAGCCCGAACAUGAGGCGGCUUCUACCGACGACAUUAGCCUUCAUGACCCAUCAAGUCACGGAGUAACAAUAAAGGUCGAGGAUGCGGAUGCCGAAGAUGGGCCUCCGGAGGAGGACACGGGCGAGGUCGUCUCUCAAGGUGAUACCUCAGUGGUAAUGGAGUCUCAGCAAGACUCUGGCAAGGGCGCUGGGGAAGAGGCUGUAGAGGUACCGCAAAACAAUAUAGUCGAGGAUGCGUCAACGGAAGCUGGAGACGACAACUCAACAAGGGUUGAGGAGCGCCCAAAGCAGCAUCAGGACGAACCAGAGUCCAGGGAGACAGCAGCUGCACCAGAGGGCCAUCCAGAGAUACUAGAGCGCAAGCCUACAAUGACAACAACACGCCCUCUGCAGGUUAACUCUACGGUCUUCGUUGUGAGUGCUCUGGAAACGAUCGGAGCAGCCAAGGAAGUCCGCAGAAAUAAGGAGUUUGCAGAUGCUGUUCAAGCUGCGUUGUCGAACAUCAAGAAUACGGAACAGGCCGUCAAUCCAGAAAUUAUCUUCCGCCCGUUGCAAAUGGCGACCAAAUCGUUCACUAUGCCUCUGCAGGUGACGGCGUUGGAUUGUAUUGGGAAGCUGAUCAGCUAUUCAUAUUUUGCGUUUCCAGCUGUCGCAACAAACCAAGCCGGUUCAGUGGACACCCCGCCUCUUAUUGAAAGGGCGAUUGAGGCGAUUUGCGACUGCUUCGAAAAUGAAGCUACUGCCGUGGAAAUUCAGCAGCAGAUUAUCAAGUCUUUGCUUGCAGCAGUUCUGGAUGACAAAAUCGUCGUGCACGGCGCGGGUCUUUUGAAAGCAGUGCGCCAAAUCUACAACAUCUUUAUAUAUUCCAAAUCGAGUCAAAAUCAACAGGUUGCCCAAGGGUCACUGCUCCAGAUGAUAGCAACGGUCUUUGAAAGAGUCAAAGUCAGACUGGAUUUGAAGGAGGCACGUCUGAGAGAGUCCACGGAGGCGAAAUCGGACGAAGGACUGACUGCAGACGCAUCUAUCCUAGGCCAUGGAUCCGUGAAUGGCAUGAACGGGCAGGUGGACACACCAGACCAUGGGACUCCUCCCCAGCUCACAGAGGGGUUGGCUCCUGGCCAAGAAAAAUUGACCCUGCAGAGCUUUGAAAACAACAAGAACUUGGACGAUGCAAUUGUCGCCGACAGUGCUCCAACUACAGUCACGCGUGUUAGACGGGAACGCAAAAAUACUCGCACCAGUUCUGCGCCGGUAUCUCGAUCUAGCUUGCAAGAAGAACGCGACGAGGCGGAACUGUCCCCGGAGGACGAGGACGAUGUCUACAUCAAAGAUGCCUUCUUAGUGUUCCGUUCACUAUGCAAACUGAGCCAGAAAGUCUUGAGCUACGAUCAGCAGCAGGACCUCCGGAGUCAAAACAUGCGCUCCAAGCUGUUAUCUCUUCAUUUGAUUUAUCAUGUCAUCAACAAUUACACCACGGUCUUCACAUCCUCAUUCUCGAAUAUUAAAAGUGGCAGCAACGCCGACCCGACACCGUUCUUGCAAGUUGCAAAACCUCACUUGUGCCUCAGCCUGUCUAGGAAUGCCGCGAGUUCGGUUCCACGGGUCUAUGAAGUGUGUUGCGAAAUAUUUUGGCUUUCACUGAAACACAUGCGCGUCCUCCUGAAAAAGGAACUCGAAGUCUUCCUGAAAGAAGUUUAUCUAGCUGUGUUGGAACGCCGGAACGCGCCACUUUUCCAGAAACAGAUGUUCAUGGACGUUUUGGAAAGGCUCUCGGGCGAUCCUCGUGCUCUAGUAGAGAUCUACCUCAAUUACGACUGCGACCGGACUGCACUGGACAACAUGUAUCAAGAAAUCAUUGAGCAUCUAUCUCGGAUCUGCAGCACACCCGUUACAGUUACCGCUGUUCAACAACACCAAUACCAAGAACAACAGACAAAACCAUCAACCCCUGUCUCUGAAUGGCAUUCACGGGGCGCGUUACUUCCUGGCCUUUCGACAGCAAGCCUGAGUCAGCAUCCCCCACCCUUGCCGCCCAUACCGGUUGAGUAUGCUCUGAAACAGCAGUCAUUGCGCUGUCUGGUCGAGAUUCUUCACUCCCUUGAUAAUUGGUCCAGUCAAGGCACUCCAGAGCUAGUCAAUGGAUCUCGAUAUCCAGCAUCGAGAGGGUCAUAUGAGGAAUCUAGGGAGUCUUUAGACUACAGUGAAAAGCCACCUCCGUCGCCCCGUGUUGCAGGCCUAGGUAGCGAAUCGGGCAUCUCCACGCCAGUCGCAGAAGACGAUCCAACUGAAGUCGAGAAAGUGAGAAUGCGGAAGUUUGCCCUAAACGAGGCAAUCCGACAAUUCAAUUUUAAACCGAAACGAGGAAUCAAAGCUCUCUUGGCCGAAGGGUUUAUACGCAGCGACAGCCCUCAGGAUAUCGCCAAAUUCUUAUAUGCAAAUGACAGACUGGACAAAGCUAUGCUAGGAGAAUACCUCGGUGAGGGCGAUGAGAAGAAUGUUGCCAUCAUGCAUGCUUUUGUCGACAUGAUGGACUUUAGCAAAAGACGCUUUGUUGAUGCCCUGAGGCAGUUCCUGCAAAGUUUUCGCCUCCCAGGAGAAGCCCAGAAGAUCGACCGUUUCAUGCUCAAGUUCGCUGAGCGAUAUCUCAGUGGCAACCCAAACGCAUUUGCGAAUGCCGACACUGCUUAUGUACUCGCAUAUUCGGUCAUCAUGUUAAAUACUGAUCAACACAGUACAAAGCUGAAAUGUGGUAGAAUGACUGUAGAAGAUUUCAUCAAGAACAAUAGGGGGAUCAACGACGGUCAGGAUUUGCCUGCUGAAUAUCUAAGCGGCAUCUUCGAAGAAAUUUCCAACAACGAAAUUGUCCUCCACUCUGAGCGGGAGCAUGCUGCUGAGUUGGGUAUUGCUAGUGUUACGAGUGCAGGCUUUGCCUCAAGAGCGGGUCAAGCUCUAGCCAACGUCGGCAGAGACCUUCAGAAGGAGAAAUACACCCAAGCCUCCGAAGAAAUGGCAAACAAGACGGAACAGCUAUAUCGAAGUCUCAUCAGGGCACAGAAACGUUCAGCAGUCCGAGAGGCAUUAUCCCGGUUCAUUCCAGCAACCUCCAUCAAGCAUGUAGGGCCCAUGUUCAACGUAACAUGGAUGUCGUUCCUUUCAGCCUUCUCCAGCCAGAUGCAGGACGCACAAAACCUCGAUCUUAUCAAGCAGUGCCUAGAUGGUCUAAGAUUGGCCAUCAGAAUAGCCUGCAGGUUUGACUUGGAGACACCUAGAGUUGCGUUUGUCACGGCACUUGCCAAGUUCACGAACCUUGGUAAUCUCAAAGAAAUGAUGGCCAAGAAUUUGGAGGCGUUGAAAGUGCUUAUCGAGGUUGCUCUGACAGAAGGCGAUCUCUUGAAAAGCUCGUGGCGGGAGGUUUUGAUGUGCAUCAGUCAACUCGACAGAUUGCAGCUCCUUUCAACUGGAAUUGACGAAGGGGUGAUUCCAGAUGUUACAAGGGCCAACAUUUCCACACCCUCGAGUGCCUCGAAGGACAGUAUCAGAAGCCGUCGGUCGAUGCAAGGUGCCAAACGACCGAGGCCAAGGUCCGCACACAGCUUUCGGCCAGAGGUAGCAGAUGAGACAAAGUCUACAGAUAUGGUCCGAGGAGUAGACCGCAUCUUUACCAAUACCGCAAAGCUAUCCUCCGAGGCGAUUGUCGAUUUCGUCCAGGCAUUAAGCGACGUCAGUUGGCAAGAGAUUCAAUCCUCUGGGAAUAGCGAAUCGCCGCGCAUGUACAGCCUGCAAAAGCUGGUGGAAAUCAGCUAUUACAACAUGACAAGAGUCAGGAUAGAAUGGACCCGGAUCUGGGAGGUCCUGGGGGAGCAUUUCAACCAGGUUGGCUGCCACAACAACACAGCUGUGGUGUUCUUUGCUCUGGAUUCGCUCCGCCAGCUCUCCAUGAGGUUCAUGGAAAUCGAAGAGUUGCCGGGGUUCAAAUUCCAAAAAGACUUCUUGAAGCCAUUUGAACAUGUGAUGGCGAACAGCACCGUUGUUACUGUCAAGGACAUGGUCUUGAGAUGUCUGAUUCAGAUGAUCCAAGCCCGUGGCGACAACAUUAGAUCGGGUUGGAAGACUAUGUUCGGAGUGUUCUCGGUCGCUGCCAGAGAGCAGUAUGAAGCAAUUGUCAAUAUUGCCUUUGACUACACCAACCAAAUCUACAACACCCGGUUUGGCGUUGUCAUCUCACAAGGCUCAUUUCCAGACCUCAUUGUCUGUCUUACUGAGUUCUCUAAGAACCUUAAGUUCCAGAAGAAAUCACUUCAGGCGAUUGAGUUGCUCAAGUCAACAGUACCGAAGAUGCUGAAGACUCCAGAAUGCCCUCUUUCGAGGCGUCACGGCAAGAUCUCCGAAGCCGAGGAAUCUGGUGUAGUGGUAGGGGUCAAACAACCGACUUCACAGACCGAGGAGGAACAGUUUUGGUAUCCGGUAUUGAUCGCUUACCAGGACGUGUUGAUGACGGGAGAGGAUCUUGAAGUUCGGUCUCGAGCUCUCACCUAUCUCUUUGAAACUCUCAUCAGAUAUGGCGGUGAUUUCCCUAGCGAGUUCUGGGAUGUUCUUUGGCGUCAGCUACUAUACCCCAUAUUCGUCGUCUUGCAAAGCAAGUCGGAGAUGUCGAAAGCCCCCAACCACGAGGAACUGUCAGUGUGGCUAUCCACGACAAUGAUCCAAGCCCUGCGAAACAUGAUCACACUUUUCACACACUACUUCGACUCGUUGGAGCACAUGCUUGACCGGUUCCUCGAUCUGCUCACGUUGUGCAUUUGUCAAGAGAAUGACACCAUUGCCCGAAUAGGAAGCAACUGUCUCCAGCAACUAAUCCUCCAGAACGUCACCAAAUUCUCUCCCGAGCAUUGGUCAAGAAUUGUGACUGCAUUCGUUGAGCUCUUCAACAGGACGACGGCUUACGAAUUGUUCUCAGCUGCGGCAACAAUGUCCGAUGCUCGACCAACUCCUGGACAUGAUGGGUCCGAAGGCCUAUCUAUCUCUGGAACCACGAUAGUCGAGACUCCAACAACAAAUGGCGCACCCGCGUCCUUUCACGGCCCAACCCCUUCUUUGGAAUCACAAACGAGCUCGGCCGCCCCUAUCCCUGAAAUCCCACCCACCCAUAGCACUCAAGAAUUGGAGGACUACCGCCCGCAUUCAGACAUGCAAGCACCUGCACCUGUUGUGACGGCUGCGCGACGCCGCUUCUUUAACAAAAUCAUCACCAACUGCGUUCUUCAGCUGCUCAUGAUCGAGACGGUCGCAGAACUCUUCUCCAACGACUCGGUCUACGCCCAAAUCCCCUCCUCCGAGCUCCUACGCCUAAUGGCACUCCUUAAGAAGUCCUACCAAUUCGCCAAAAAGUUCAACGGUGACAAGGAGCUCCGCAUGGCUCUUUGGAGACAAGGCUUCAUGCGACAACCACCGAACUUGUUGAAGCAGGAAUCCGGAUCGGCGAAUACGUAUGUGAGCAUCUUGCUCAGGAUGUAUCAUGACGAAGGGGAAGAGCGGAGGUCAAGUCGCGAUCAAACAGAAGGCGCUCUGAUACCUCUGUGCGCCGACAUCAUCCGCUCCUUCAUUCUGCUCGACGAAGAAACCCAACAACGGAAUAUCGUCGCUUGGAGGCCCGUCGUCAUUGACGUUCUGGAGGGCUACACAAACUUCCCCAAGGAGAGCUUUGAGAAGCACCUCGACACAUUUUACCCUCUUGCCGUGGGCCUGUUGGAAAAGGAAAUCGGCUCCGAUCUACGCAACGCGCUGUGGGGCAUGUUCCGGCGCGUGGGCGAGGUCAAGUUUGGAAUGCCUGAACUGGUGCUGAUGAGAGGAAGGGACGGCAGCGUGAGUUCGACGAGGAAUGGCAGCGUCGGUGGCGGCGCGCCGGCCAGUCCGAGCCAGUCGAGUCGCGGAUUCGAGUUCUCACAAGGCGGUGGGAGGAGAGGGAGCCGGGUGAGUAGGACGGGGCCUGCAUAG